AUGACGCUUCAAACAGUCGCUCUCGCCGUUGUAGCGGUCGUAUACUUUAUCAUCCGCUAUUUGAACCGCACCGAUACGCCUAAGAUCAAGGGUCUCCCCGAGAUUCCAGGUGUACCCCUCUUCGGUAACCUACUACAGUUAGGCGACCAGCAUGCAACAGUAGCCGCCAAGUGGGCAAAGAAAUUUGGCCCCGUCUUCCAGGUUCGCAUGGGAAACAAGCGUAUUGUCUUCGCGAAUAGCUUCGACUCCGUGCGCCAGCUCUGGAUCAAGGACCAGUCCGCUCUCAUCUCCCGACCUACUUUCCACACUUUCCACAGCGUCGUUUCAAGCUCGCAAGGAUUCACAAUCGGUACGUCGCCGUGGGAUGAGUCCUGCAAGCGCCGUCGCAAGGCCGCAGCCACUGCCCUGAACCGACCCGCCACACAGUCCUAUAUGCCUAUCAUCGAUCUCGAGUCCAACACCAGUAUCAAGGAGCUCUACCGGGAUAGCAAGAAUGGUACUUGCGAUAUCAACCCUACGGCAUACUUCCAGCGAUUUGCGCUCAACACUAGUUUGACACUCAACUACGGACUCCGCAUCGAGGGCAAUGUCGACGAUGAACUUCUUCACGAGAUCGUGGAUGUCGAGCGUGGUGUUUCCAAUUUCCGCAGUACAUCAAACAACUGGCAAGACUACAUUCCUUUGCUGCGCAUCUUCCCUAAGAUGAACCACGAGGCCGUAGAAUUCCGUGCUCGCCGCGACAAGUACCUGACCCACCUCUUGAAUAUGCUGAAGGACCGCAUUGCCAAGGGCACUGAUAAGCCUUGCAUCACUGGAAAUAUCCUCAAGGACCCUGAGGCCAAGCUUAACGAGGCUGAGGUGAAGUCGAUCUGUCUGACUAUGGUUUCUGCGGGACUUGACACCGUUCCUGGCAAUCUGAUCAUGGGUAUCGCCUACUUGGCAUCGGAAGACGGACAGCGCAUCCAGAAGAAGGCAUACGAUGAAAUUAUGGCCGUGUAUCCCGAUGGCGAUGCCUGGGAGAAGUGCCUGAUCGAAGAGAAGGUUCCUUACGUCACAGCCUUAGUCAAGGAGAUCUUGCGAUUCUGGACCGUCAUCCCCAUCUGCCUGCCCCGUGAAUCAACCAAGGAUAUCGUUUGGCAAGGCGCCACAAUCCCCGCUGGCACAACAUUCUUCAUGAACGCUUAUGCUGCCGAUUACGACGAAGACCACUUCAAGGAUGCCUCCAAAUUCAUCCCCGAGCGCUACCUCGAGAUCGGCGAGGGAUCUGGUACACCCCACUAUGGCUACGGAGCCGGUUCCCGGAUGUGUGCUGGUUCGCACCUGGCGAACCGCGAACUCUUCACUGCUUUUAUCCGCCUGAUCACUGCUUUUGAGAUGAAGCCUUCAAAGGAGAUCAGUGACCGGCCUGUUCUAGAUUGCAUUGAUUGCAACUCUAUUCCCACUGCUUUGACCACAGAGCCUAAGCCAUUUAAGGUCGGAUUCGUUGCUCGUGAUCCCAAGCUGUUGGAGAAGUGGAUUGCGGAGAGCGAUGAGCGGACAAAGGACCUGUAA